UUUCUCACACGUCCUCCAUACCAAUCUCUAGGCCUCCCUCCCUCCGAGAUAGGGCUACCCCCGCCUAUACGUUGCACAUCGAAGAGGCCGACUGACGGCAGCAGCAGCAGAAGCCGAAUUAGCCGACAAUGAGGGCCCGACAGGCUGCCCUUCUGUGGGCUGGCUCUACCAGCCUCUUGAGGUUCGCGGACGCAGCCAUAGUCGAAGCUUCCACCUUGGCAACCGUCACCGCGGUGGCAGACCUGUACGAUCCAAGGCUCAGCGCUGACAACGGAUGCGAUCCGUCAGGGUGUGUCGCUGAGCUAACCAGAGAUGGCGACGCGACAUCUCUUGAAUCCCGAUGGUCCUGCCAGCCUGCCCUGGGCGACGCCGGCUCUGUGUGUAGGAUCACGUACGGCCUCGGCAUCCAGUACCAGCUGACCGGCUUGAACAUCGCGAUGUUCAAGGGUGACGAGCGGACGAGGACCCUCGAAAUCAACAUCGACAACCUCCCGUACACUGUCUGGACCAGCUCGGGCACGACCGCAGGCUUUGAAACCAUUGAAGUCGACACUACGGGGCGAUGGAUCGAGAUUGUCGGGGUUCUCGAGGACUCCGAGUGGCUCAGCAUCAUGGAGGUGGAGAUUCUGGUCGACGACGGUGUUACCGAUACCGAUGAUGUUGUUGAUACCACGGAGGUCGAGGCCGGCUCCCUGGGAAUCGUCACGGCCACCUCUGCCCUGUUCGAUCCCCGCCUCGGUGACUCGAAUGGAUGCGAUCCCGCGGGAUGCACAGCAGAACUAACAAGGGAUGGGGACGUCUCCGACGAAUCCAGGUGGUCCUGCGCCCCCUCGCUCGGCGGAACGUGCAGCAUCUCCUACGACCUCGGGGCCGUCUACGACCUGUCCAAGCUCCGCCUCGCGUUGUACAAUGGAGCGACCAGGGUCAGGACGGUUGAUGUAAGCGUCGAUGGUUCCCUUGCCACCACCUGGACCAGCUCGGGCACAACGGACGGCUUCGAGAACAUUGAUCUAUCGGGAUAUUCUGGACAAGACAUAACCGUCACGGGUGUCCUAGACAAUUUGGAGUGGCUCAGCAUCAAGGAGACAGAAAUCAUGGUGCUAUCGGACGGCGUCGUUUUCCCGCCCAGCGCUUCUUCGCCCACUCCUGCUCCCGUCUUUGCUCCAGUUGCCACUCCGACCCCGACGGUCGCCACCCCAGAGCAACUCUAUUCUGCCAAGGAAAUCGGGACCCAGGACACUACUGUCACCACCACGGCGGACUUGUUCGACCCCGACCUCGCCGUGGACAACGGCUGCGACCCGGCCGGAUGCACAGGGGCGCUCACAAGGGAUGGUGAUAUGACGGAUACCUCACGCUGGGCUUGCGCACCCAGCCUUGGCGGCGUCUGCUUCAUCUCGUACGACCUCGGGAGAGAGUUUGGCCUCGAUGAGGUCCGAGUCGCGCUGUACAACGGCGACAUCCGGGUCAGGACGAUCAAUGUAUUCGUCGAUGGUGCGCUGGUGACCACCUGGACCAGCUCCGGCACGACGAACGGCUUCGAGAGCAUCGCGCUCCCAGACACGGCUUCCGGGACGGUGGUCGAGCUCCAAGGCGUCUUGGACGACUCGGAGUGGCUCAGCAUCAUCGAGACGGAGAUCAUGGUGUGGCCACAGAAUGUCGUCACGCCGCCGCCCGCCCCAGCGGCGACCGUUCCUCCCGCUACCGCUCCGGUCCAACCGGUGACGCCGCCCAGCCCUUUGCCUGCGGCCGACCUGCAACCCGUCGGCCUGACGCCCCUAGCUAUCGGGAAUGAGUCGCCGCUUGACCGAUACGCAACCAAGGACGGGGACUUCACCACCUCCUGGACGUGUACCGGUGACCCAACAGAGCCGAACGACGAAGGCAUCACGUAUUACCAGUGCGAGCUCUUCUUCGGCCUGGUGUACUAUCGCCACGUCAAGCAGGUCAAAGUCGCUCUCGCCGACGGCGCCGAACGUUCGGUGGACAUGAGGCUGGCUGGCCGUUUCUCAAGCUCGAUCGCUGAGGAGUUCGUGACGAGCUCGGGUACGACCAACGGCUUCGAGACGUACGACUUCGACUACAAAGCCAGCUAUAUCAGGAUUGCCGCGGUCUUCUCCUCGCCUGGAGAGUCCAUUUCCAUCUCGGAGGUGGAGAUCAUGGAAGAGGUGGUGGAAGGCGAAGCCCCCAUCGAUAUCUUCAGCACCCCAUACGAUAACGGAGACGGCCUUUGGAACGAACCGACGACUGACGGGUUCGAGUGGAGCUCCAACUCCAACGAGGCCAUCGACCAAAGCUUGACCUUGUCCCUCGCUGGAUACCACACGGUGACGGAACUCCAGCUCAUGUUCCCAGAGGGCGACACAUACAAGUUUGACGUUACGCUUUUCAACAACCUGGACGGCACGGGCGAGGCGUACACGACCAUCACAGGUUUGGAAAGCACUGAUAUCGCUGGGUUUCAGUCCUUCGACCUGACGGGCUUCGCCAACCAGUACGUCACCUCCAUUGGAAUCGAAAUGAAGGGGACCGGCUCGGGAGCGCCCGGGUUCGCGAUGCUUGACGCGCUGGUACUCGGCACCAAGAUCGACAACCCCUCCGACACGUUCCACGUCGGGUCUACUUUCAUCGAGUACUGGGGUGGAGACGGAUACCCGGACUUCGUGGGGUCGGGCUCGGGAGACCAAAACGCCAUCAACGGUGCCAUUUGUGGGGUGAAGAAGGGUACUUACGACGGCGUGAACUGCGUCGAUGUGGAUGACACUGCUACGGGCACGGUGGACCUGUCCUGGGGUGCGUACUACGUAAACGGCAACAUAUUCAUGCAGUCUGGCGUACUCCUCCUCGGCUCGUUCGGUGAUGACGAUCCACACACGACCGACAUCGUACUGGAGGAAGGAGCUGAGGGAAACACUGACAUCGACGCCAUCGUCGUCAUGGAUGGCAUUCGGGAUGCCUGGAUCGAAAAAGUGUGGAUCCAGGGGAAUUACGACCCCGAGACCGACGGCAUUUCCGCCGUAUCUGGCCUUGGAUCGGCCUGCCUCUCGGUUGUGAACUCCCAGAACAUCACUUGUGAGGGCGUCGACAUUCGGUACUGCAGCGGUGACGCCCUGGUCGUGCGCGACUCUACCCUCGUCAACAUCGACGCCGGCAGAUACGAUGAAGAAUACCUCCCGUGGACUAUCGGCCUAAGCGGAGGCACUGGUCUGAUAGUAGACACGUCGGAUUCGAUCUGGGUUCGUCGUACCACGUUUUACGAGAACGCCGUGGCGGGUCUCCACAUCAUGGGCUCCAACAACUUUACCUUCGAAGCAACCAUCGCCAGCGAGGAGGGCUCCGAGGGCGAAGGGAACGUUGGCAGCGUUGACGGCCAACAGCCCAUCGAAGUAAUCGUCGGAACCUCCAGCCUUGUUACGUUCCAAGACAUGAAGGUCCAGUCUGUCAACGAUCCGGUGAUGACAAUCACCGAUAGCACGACGGUUUCCUUCACCAAUGGCGGCUACUCCAAUGUCCCAUCCGGCACGUGCACCAUUCAGACCGACGACCCCAGCACGGUGACGAUUGACGCCGACGAAGAUGAGCUCGUUCUGGAGGGCACGUGUUACGUCAAGGUAUGAAGGCGAAGCACAUGCCCACGAAGCUUCCAACUAGACUCUGUCCACCUAGACGUUGAAGGAGUGGUCAGAACUGCUGUAGAUUGUUUGGCUGCCGCCUUCCCCUCUUCGGAGGCAGGAUGGAUGUCCCGUCUUUGUCGAAACAGUGUAAUCUUAACGAAGGUUGUCCGGGGGUGGACCUCUCUCGUUGUAAAGCUCAGGCUUCGAGAUGAAACUCGCAGAGGCGAGUGCCCCCUAAGCACGGCACCCAGUCAGCUCACUUGCAUGGUGCUUGCUCCUGGGUCACCUAACUUUUUUGGCAUGCGCACUCGAAAGUACCUGGUAUGUGAGGAGAGGUAAAGUUGCGAACCAACGCGUGUGUAUGGUCUACUGUGGCUCAGGCGCGCCUCUUGCGAUAUCCUGGGUCUUCCGCCACGAGUGGCGUGAGUGUGGAGUGUUUUCGGUAGGGGACCACAGUCACAGUCUCGCUGUGGGAUUACUCCCUUUAUGAUUGGUUCAGAAGUUUAGCCAUCUGUGCUGCAUCCGGCCAUGGUUGGUUGUGUUUGGCAGUGAUAGAGGAGGUGCACAUGUGUACCGCUGUCAUGUGAACUUUACAUGUGAAUUCAAUGUUGGGCUGGGAAACAGGUUUCAUGUGAAGUUCGAAGCAAGGGUCUCGGGGUGUAUUCAAAGUGAUAUGAAGUAUGUAGAUGGGCGUGUUGUCCCGGUAUUCAAGUAGUGAGUCCCUUUUGGGAUCCAGCACUACAUAUCUGCUGUAUUUGAUUAGUAUUCCAUCCAUGAUCACGCCGAUCGCACAGAAUGAUGACCCUUGCUGCGUGUGAACAAUCGCUGGUGGUGAUUUCUGAUGAGUCGCUUGGCAGAUUCAGUAGCGUCCAGCGGGCGACAUACGAACAAGCAGGCUACGAACCGGACAAGAUAUGCAUGGGUGUUGUGGGCUCACUCAGGGACAUUUCUUUUCGAAAGAACGCUGGGUUAGGGAUCGAUCAAUGGCAUGAGGACCGUUGAAUCUGGGAGGUCGCUCACGACGAUUUGUUCGUGAUAGUUGCUGCUGUGUUUCGAGAGAGUAACGUAGAACACUUAUAGGACAGUUCAAACGACGGUACUGUCGUUUUGUAGGGAUGUCCCUGGAAGAAUGUGCUUCGUGGAUGAUGCAUUGAACCGAGAGUGUUCUCGGUAUGUCGGAUACAGUCGACCCCGCUGUAA